GAGGAGGAUAAGGAAGAAAGUGAUGGUGGUUGUGAUGUAGAUGUUUCUGUUGAGGGAAGUGACAAGGAAGAUGAGACGAGUGAAGGGUGUUCAUUGUCAGAGACUGAAGAUGAAGAUGAUGAAGGAUCAGAUGGUGGCUGUGAUUUGGAUGUUACUGUUGAGGGAAGUGACAAGGAAGAUGAGAAGUUCGAAGGAUGCAAUUGCGAAUCAUCUGAAGCUGCCUCGGUAUCUUUUUCCAAUAUUCGCGUCGGUGUUAAAGUCGUGGAUAUUAAUGGAACCCAACUGUCAGCUAACAGAUGUAGUGCUCUUGGAGCAAUUAAUCAUUCGAGUUUGGCUGCUAAAUCAUGGCGUCGAAAUCAGAAUUUCGAACAGGGGAACACAUUAGGAUGGGACAGUUUGGAGUAG